GAGGGCGGGCCCGGCGGUGCGUUUGGCGCGGGGGUGGCUACCUUUGCCGGCCUCAGCCCGGGCGCCGGAGGCGGGAGGCAGCGGCGCCGGGUCCGCGGAUGGCAUGGCAGGGGCUCCGGGCGCCGCGGGCCAAGCCUCCGCCGAGCAGCUGGCUCCGGAGCAGCCCCAGCCGGGCGUCCUCGCCAGCUUCCUCACCAGCGACCAGAAGUGCCAGCUCAUGCUCCUGAGGACGCUGCAGACCAAUCCAUAUGUCAAACUUCUACUUGAUGCCAUGAAACACUCUGGUUGUGCUGUUAACAGAGAAAGACACUUUUCUUGUGAAGACUGUAAUGGGAACGUCAGUGGAGGCUUCGACGCGUCAGUGUCUCAGAUUGUUUUGUGCCAGAAUAAUAUCCGUAAUCAGGCCCAUAUGAACAGAGUGGUCACCCACGAGCUCAUUCAUACGUUUGAUCAUUGUCGUGCUCAUGUCGACUGGUUCACCAAUGUCAGACAUUUGGCCUGCUCAGAGAUUCGAGCUGCUAACCUCAGUGGAGACUGCUCACUUGUGAAUGAAAUAUUCAGGUUACAUUUUGGAUUAAAACAACACCAUCAGGGGAUAGUGUUCUCUCAAAGGAAAAGUUACCUAGCAUUUGGUCAACUGCAAAGGAAGAGAGUUACAGAAACUUGUGUCAGAGACAGAGCCAUUCUUUCUAUCCUGGCUGUUAGGAAUGUCAGCAAAGAAGUAGCUGAAAAGGCUGUUGAUGAAGUUUUUGAAUCUUGUUUCAAUGACCAUGAACCUUUUGGAAGGAUCCCACAUAACAAGACAUAUGCAAAAUACGCUCAUAGAGACUUUCAAAAUCGUCAUCGGUAUUACUCAAAUAUAUGAAGGCAAUGACAUUUUAUAUUACAGAGCCUCAGUGAUCAUGAAGAAAAUAUGGUUCUCAGGUGCACAAAUGUAUGAAACAUAAAUGAUCAAUUAAAUACAGACAAGACAGAAGAUGCUGAUUCUAGCAUAUUAUCAGAAAAUGUAACUGGUGAAAAAUGAAACUGCCUUAAACUUCAAGGCAAAAAUUAUAUCUGUAUAGCCAAUCAUUUGGUGAAUAAGGAAAAUCAAUUAUGUUUUUGUAUUUUC